UUGUUUUCUAUGUGAGUGAGUGAGAGAGAGAGCACUCAAAGAUGUUUGUUUUUUAAAUAAUAGAGAGAGAAAGAGAGGAGGCGCUCUUGUUUUAUUUGGGUGGAGUGGUCUUUCAGAGGGGGAUAUACAUACACACCUCAAUCUGCAACAUAAGAAUGUUGGAGGCCAAAGAAGGGAUGGCCCGGCAAGGAGAGCAUCGAAUUUCGUUUACAGAUAAUGCUGCAGGCGGAUCCGGUGAAAGAGUUGGUACGGGAAUUGUCGAGAAGGUCACUUGCCCACCCAUCGGACCGAGCGUGGACGAGCGCUGGAUUGAAGAGUUGGAGCAAAAAUUCGAGCGUGCGUUCGUAGAUUCGCCACGACAGUCCAGGCCGCCCGACGAUAAAAAGCAACUGAUAAUUUGUAAGUCAUCAGCACUGGAUGAGGAGUUCUCCCGGCCAAAGGUGGUGACGAUAGGGCCAUUUCAUAGGCGCGACAGCAAGCGUAUCGACAAAGAAAAAUUGUUCGUCAUGCAGUUCAUGAGUCGUUUGUACAAUCUCGACUUGGCGGGCUGCGCCCAGAAGAUGAAGAAUCAAGCAGCAGAAGCUCUCAAAUGCUACUUCUUUACAGAUAAACCUCCAUGCUUCGACUCUACUACAGGAUUCGCGGAGAUACUGUUGCUGGAUAGCUUCUUUAUCUUGCUUAUGUUGACGUGCAAGGAGACGUUUCGCAGAGCGGUGCUAACUCACGAACCUGACUCUUCGAGAGAGCAGGAGAAUACGCAGUUUCGAGACGAUCUGCUUAGAUUUCUCGACAUUAUAAUGCAAAAAGAUGAGAUCAUGCUGGAUUUGCUGAUCCUCGAUAACCAAAUCCCCUUCUUCGCGGUCGAGGAGCUAUAUAAGGGGCUCAAGUUGGAGAAGCCCCUCCAUGAGUAUGCCCUCGAGUUCUUCGCGACGAUCCAUCCGAUGCCAAACCGAGGUCGCAAAGGCCAGGAUACGCCUCUCCAGUUCUUACAUCUGCUCGAUCUUCUUCACUGGUCUCGGGUCCCAAAGGACAAGUAUCAUGCAGUUCACACGUCGCAUAACCAGCUAGAGUACUCCAUCGACUUGCCGCGCCAUACUCCGACUGCGAUGGAACUCAGAGAAUCGGCAACAAUGUUUGCAGAGAAGACAUCCGGCAGCUCACUGGACGUCACGUUUCGGAGCGGCAGGCUCAUACCCGUUGUCGGGGUGCUCAACAUCCCGUGCUUACACAUCCACGACUACAGCAGCCGCGUCUUCCACAGCCUCAUCGCCUUUGAGAUGCAAUGUCCGAGCCGGGGUUGCUGCACCAUGGCCUUCUCCGCAUUCAUGCGGAGCUUGCUGCAAAGCGAGGAAGAUGUGAAGCUGCUCCGGCGACGCGGCGUUUUGGCGAACACGUCCGUGACCGACGGCGAACUCGUCGAUUUCUUCAAACGCUUGAGCAAGUUGACUGAAAAUCAGCAAAUGCCGAUCGAUCUGUAUAACGUUUACCGUCGGGUCUUGUCUCAUCACAACCGCCGAAUGAGUCGAUUCUGCGGCAGCAUUGUUCUCCGGUACUUCCCCAACCCACUGGUGACUCUUUCUGUGUUCGCUGCUAUCAUGCUUUUUGUUCUUAACUUCCUGCAGACCAUAUACACUGUGCUCAGCUACUACCACAGUUGAAUGCUCUACGUGCUCUCCAGUAUAUGGUAGUAAUGCAUGCAUAUAUUACUAAAAAAUAAACAUAUUGUAUUACGUACCAACCUUAAUUUGGAUAUGUUUACAUGUAACAUCCUCUGUUGUUACCUGGUUUGGUGUUCUUACU